GCAAGCCAAGAACGUCUGCUAGCCAUAGCAAACUAGCGUCACGGUUCGAGGGAAGCGAAGAGUGACCUUUUUCUUUAUUUAUACCUGUUAUUUUAAACAAAAUGAGACCUUUUACUGAGAAUAAUUGGCUUAGUCUUUGAAGAAAAGAUCUUUUUUGUUGGAUUUCGAUUAAAUUCUGGCCGAUUUUCUGUUGAAUUUGGAGUUUGAAGGGAAGACAUGUUACUGAUGUUAGUUGCACCGGGAACGCGAGAAGAGAACAAAGCACUUAUACGAGGACAACAGAAUGGCCGACACGUCCAUAGUCGAACUACUUCAGAUGCUUGCAAAAGUCUGGGUUGAUGAUAUCGAGGUAGAGGGCAGAGCCAAAAGCGGUAACAACCAGAUCCAUGAGGCAGUUUUGACUGGAAACCCAGAGGCUUGUCGCCAGGAAGCUCAGAGAUGUAAAGUGAAUGAAGGUAAUCUCAGAGGAGACACACCUCUUCAUUUGGCCGUAAGAUGGAUAACACAUGUUGGUGUAAACCUUAUUGAAGUUUUGCUUGAGGCUGGAGCAGAUGUCAAUGCAAGAAAUAAAUGGGGACAGACGCCUUUACAUUACGCCGUAACUGUGAAAUCUGUAGACAAUGUAAAAAGACUGUUAGGGGAACCAAAUAUUGACAUUAAUGCAUCUGAUAUCAAUGGUUAUACUCCUUUACAUUGUUGCUUCAGUGUUGACUUUGGUCGUACACCGGGGCCAUAUUUAGAGAGUAUAAGCUACGAUUUGGACUUGAACGCUAACUUUAUCAAAAUAGCAGAAGCACUCAUUCGCGCUGGCGCUUCCUUGAACACCCAGACAAAGUUUGGUCUAGGGAUUCUUCAUUUUGUAGCAGCAAGAAAUGACAAUACUCCUCUCAUAAAACAUCUGAUGGAGAAAUACCAAGCCAUCGAAUUGACCCAAAAAACUCUAUUAAGAGAAAAUUUUCUUCAUGUUUACUGUAGAUCGGAAUUAUUUGAAGAUAUAACAGAAACAUUAGAGUUCAUAGCAAAACUUUACUCACCGACGAUUGUAAAAGAACUGCUAAGCGGUGGCGAUGUUUCCGGGCGGCCACCAUGGGCUUACAUGAUCGAUACUUCAAAUAUCGACAAUGAAACAGUCAGAAUUAUGAUGUCUUACGGAGUGUCAGUAAGCGAACCCGACAAUUUGGGAAAUACGGCUAUACACAGAUUAGCAGGUGUGUCUGCUUCCUGUGUUCUUACAGAUGUACUAGAAUCGUUAAUUACGAGCGAGUCUAGUUUACUCUCACAAAACGUUUAUGAUGAAACCCCCGCGUUCGUGUUGUUUUUGGACCCCGUUUUUGAAAUUUUUCAUAAGCAUAAAAUUAAUUUCAACGCACGAGACAGAUGGGGUCGUACACCGCUGAUGUCGAUCAUGAAGCAUAGACCAAUUCCUGAACUUUUGACCAGGAUGAUUCUGGAAGGAGAGGCAGAUGUUAAUGCCACUGACGCCUACGGGUCGACGCCACUCCAUUUUGCGGCAUACCACAAUUAUCAUGAACAACUUGAGAUUUUAUUAGAUCUAGGAGCGAAUAAGGAUGCAAAAGACAUGUUGCAAGACCGACCUUUAGAUACAGUCAAACGACACUGUAGUUACCGCUGUUAUACCAUCCUCAAAAGGGCCGAGGGAUUUGAAGAGUUAUACGGCAGAGUUAGGUCGUUUGACGAAGUUCUUCUUGGAUUGCCUAAAAGCACUAAAUCGUCCAGUGUGAAAACAUACAUGGAUAUACAAAAAACAAUGAUGCUUCCUGAAAAUCGCCAAAAUUUGUGGGAUUUUCUUUUAGAAACAUACUAUGACAGAUCUCAAGAAAACGCAAAAGAAGUGGAUCGUAUAGUAGAAGAGGUGAAUGCACUUGUGCAGGAAAUCUGUACAACAGUUGCUGGGUAUGACCACAGAUUCAAGAUGUCUGUAUUUCCCACAGGUAGUUCUGCUGAGGGCACUAAAGUAGGCAGACCAGACGAAUUCGAUUUCGUUCUUUGCAUAGACCACUUGAACGAAAUAACAAAGCCCGUCCUCAUCAAAGAGUGUAUUGAAGCAGGAUUUGCGUGUCUCAAAUUUACGAAAGAUCCAGUUCCGGAAGAGUUUAUGUCCUUUUGCGAUAGUGAAGGUUAUUUUCUUGCUUUCCCCUAUCUACAGCUGUUAAAGAAAUAUUUGGAAAGGGCUUUAAACGAAAACACGCUUUGGAGAAGUGGCAAUUUAUACUACAACUAUGAGGAUAAAAUGGUUGUUAUUAGGGGUAAACCCGUCUUCAAUUUUGAUGUGUACUGGAUAGGGUCAGUUUACAAACAACUUAAAAUCAGCAUCGACUUAGUUCCCGCAGUGUACAAGAAAGGAUGGUGGCCAGCAAAUAUAAACGUAGACCAAAUUCCCUUGAUGACAGACGAAAUCAAACAUUCUGGAUGCAUCCUAAUUUUACAAUCGCGGUCAUACGAAUUUGACUACGAAAAGGGACAAUCAAUGGAUAACAAUAUCAGCUUUACAUGCAACAGCGAUCAAAACAAAGCCUUGAGAAGAAUGUUGCGGGUAUCUGCUGCACCGGCAGAAAUCUCUCUCAUGAAAUCUCUCCCACCUGUCUUUCGGCGUGCUUAUGCCCUGGCAAAAAUCAUGAAAGGGAAAGAGGUAUGCCCUGAGAUAGAAUUUGAAUCCAUCAACCAAUGGACAAAUCUACUGCAACACCAAAGGAAAUUUGAUGAGAAGAAACCUCUUCCAGUCAAUCCUUCACACGUGAUCAAAAGCUACAUGUUGAAAAAUUGCACCUUUUAUGCAAUGCUCGAAAUGAAGAAACGAUCAAGUGACAUUCAUCCAUCCGUGAUUACAGCAAAAAUCUUUCAAUUUUUGUUGCAUUUUGCUGACAAUUGCUACUUGAAUCCGUUCUUUCUGCCGUAUUCAGAUGUAUUUGAGUUUGAGAAGGACACAAAAAAGUCAUCCUUUGACGAGUUCAUAAGUAAAAUAAAAAGAGAGCUUAGCAUUAAGUUGAUUCUAGGAAUGCUAGGACAACAUUUCCCGGAACAUUGCUUGACAUCUCAAAUUCUCCCGCUGUAAAUAGUAAACCUAUUAUAGAAAUGUCAUGAUUACUCAAAACUCAUUUCACAAGAUGUUUUAAUACUUUGCAAAUUAUUUGAGACCUAUUUCAAAUUUAAGACAUCUUACAAAAUUUUGAAUCAUUGUGAAAAAAGAAUGGACUUCUUCAACAAUACGGCGGCCAUCUUGGAUCGUAGGGCAUCAGUUAUGGGGCGUCCAGAGGGCAAAUAAAGCUUUGUUACAGUAAUGACGUCGAUUGUUAUUUAUAGCUUAAAAACAAGUGAUGAAUUAAGAGGGCACAUCGAUCACCUUUACCCAUGAAAGAAAGACAAAGAUUGUUUUGCCCCACGACAAGAUGGCCGCCGUAUCAUCGAAGUAGUCCAAGGUCUAUAAAUUACAGUGCGACGCGCCUAAACGUGGCCACCCAACUUAUUUUUUACCAAUGCCGUUGAAUCCUUUUCCGCCAAGUGUUUCAAUUUAAAAGACUUUUUACGAAAGACUUAAGUGUUCGCCAGCGAAGGGACAAAAAAAGGUAUCAUCUAGGCAUAUUUCUAGCCUUUUAUUUAAGUUUUUGUUGCAAAGAGUACGAAUUUAUUUUGAAUAUUUUCGGUCAAAUGCACAAAUUCUCGCUGUCUGAUUGUCUAACUCGUUAGGCGCGUCGCAUUGUAAAUCGAUCUCAUCUUGUUACCAUUUAUUAUUUACAUAUUAUUUUUAUCUAAAUACUGAAAAAAUGCAAGUAGGAUUUAAUUCUUGGAUACUUUACUAUUGACUUUGAAAACAUUAUGGGUACAUCUUUCGGCCAGUCAAUAUUGUUUUGUAGGGUCAAAACACGUUUGUCAACUACACCAUUAGCUGAUAAUUUGACUUAAUAUUGUAGUUCGGUUUUUGUGGUAGAAUAAUCUGAUUUUGACCAGUAAAACUGAGUUAGAUAAUUUUAUGCAUGUAGGAAACCAUUGGUUCAAAAUGUAUCCAAUGUCGAAAGACUGAUAUAAACAUUCAGUAUAUAGUGCAGAACAGGGACAAUUCUCCUUCACUUGGCUGCCUCCACGAGUUCUAUGGUCAGCAGUGUCCCUUGAUGGUAUUGAUUCUAUCUGAGGACUUGGCGUAUUUUAUGCGUCAGUGAAUUCCUUAUGACAUAGUGAGCGUACUGAACAAACUUAGGCGUCGGGUCAAACGUUGAGCUUCACAUGAGACAAUGGAUAACAUGGCGGUCUUCUUUUAAGUCAUUAGGUUCGGUUCACAUGUGAAGUUCGAUUUUUGACCUUAGCCUUAUUGGCAAUAUUAUUAGGAACUAAUUGAUUAUUAAUUCAUUUAAAGACCAUUACAGCAUCAUUCAAAUAAAGUUAAUUUUCCGUAAUAGACAACUAGUUAAGAGAUUCUUAACCUGAAGAAAUAUGAUCAAACUUAAGGAGUCCCAAGAAAUAUAUUGGCGUAUUUGCAUAUCACUGACUUUAAAAGCGGUAGAGUAAAACAAAGGAACAAUACUAAGCAUCACGUUAACAAGUACCUGUUCCAUCCGUGACUGGUGCCACAUUCUCAAGAGCAAAAGAUUUGGUGUGCAAUCUUCCUGAACAAGUAUUGAAACGUUCAUUUUGAAAGCAAGUUUUUGAAAUUAUUUCCUUAUACGUUAGUGAAAAACGAUAUACGUUAGAUGAAGAAGUUGUAGCAGCAACUGGGUUCGGCCAUGAAUGACGCCGAGAAAAGUAAAUCAUUCCUUGCAGGCGAUGAUAAGCUAUCAAGUUUUCCAAAAAGUGUCAGAAUAAUGACUAAAACUAAAAGUAAAUUGCUAAGGAAGAAAAAGCUGACAAAAACGGCGGACAUUUUGAUGGCAUUCUUGUUUUGACGCCGUUAUAACAAUAAUGUUAAAUAAAGUUUUUUAGCUUUG